AUGAUUUCUGGGAGUUGUAGUUUCCUGCCGUCCUCAUCCUCGCUGUGACACGCUCAGUGACUUCCUCCAGUAAUACUCCGUUUCCCAGAGUGCUGCUCGGGGUGGCAUGGCGGACAGCAAUGACUGCGGAGUUUGACGAAGAAGUGGUGUUUGAGAAUUCGCCACUCUUCCAGUACCUGCAAGAUUUGGGGCACACAGAUUUUGAGAUAUGUCCUCUAUCAAAGGAAGAGGAACGUCUGGCAGAGAAUGGCCAGGGAAAACAGGAUGUCCAUACCACAGAAAAGAAAAGCAUCAUUUCAAGGACAGUUGAAUUUUUAAAAAGUUGGAGCCCAUUUUUAUCAAAAAAGAAAAAAGAUGAAAAAAUUCACUUACUGGAAAUCGGGUUCCGACUUGAAAGCCUGCGCACCAUCCUACAACAGGAAGUCCUGAUACAGGAGGAUGUGGAGCUGAUUGAGUUGCUUGACCCGGGGAUCCUGUCUGCUGGUCAGACCCAGAAUCAACAGAAUGACCACCUUCCUACACUCUGGUCCAUAGCAACACCAAAUAUUUGGGAAACGUCCAUAUUAUUUGUUUUUCUUAGUGCAGUGGCUGCCUUUCAGUCCUGGUCCAUUUCAUCCUCACUUAUAUGGGGACCAAGCCUCAUCCUUUUUGCUGCCUUUACUGUCCUGAAAACUCUCCAUACCUGGCGCUCCGCUAGAUUGAGGAUAAUCCUGAGAAAAUACUGCACCCAAGUGGAAGGGACAGUAUCGAAUAGCCGAGCCUUCACUAACCUUGUGAGAAAGGCCCUGCGCCUCAUUCAGGAAACAGAAGUUAUUUCUCGUGGAUUCACCCUUUUGCUUGACAGGGUCAGUGCUGCUUGUCCAUAUGGUAAAGCUGGGCAACAUGCCAGUCAGCACCUCCUCGGCUUACGCAAAGCAGUCUACCGGACCGUAAGAACCAACUUUAGAAUUUCUAGACUUGCCACACUGUACAUGCUAAAACAUUAUCCCCUAAACUCUGAGAUAGACAAUGUUACCAAUUACAUCUGUGUCGUUCCCUUGAAAGACCUGGGUUUGGGAUUGUGUGAGGAGCAUGUGUCUGAGGAGGACGCCCAUAAUUUAACUGACGCUUUUAGUCUUCCUGCUUUGAAGGUCCUGUUCCAGCUUUGGAUAGGGCAAAGUUCAGAAUUUUUCCGUCGUCUGGCUCUGCUACUUUCUCCAGAAAAUGCAUCUCAGGGCCCUUCAACCAGCCCAGAGCAACUUCCUCACUUCAUUUGGUCUGAUGUGGUACAGGAUCUACCUCAUACUCAGGCUGCAUGCAUGGCUGAACUGAAGCGCAGCUACGAGUUUUAUCGUUACUUUGAAACACAACACCAGUCUGGCUUGGAACGCACUGCCAAGAGGAAGGAGGUUGGGGAGCUGAACAAUCUUCAUGGAGCCGUACGCAGUUUGCAGCUUCACCUGAAGGCACUACUUAAUGAGGUGAUUGUUUUGGAGGAUGAAUUAGAUAAACUUUCCUCCUGUAAGGAAAUGCAAGCAGUGACACCAGAAGCCUCUCUAAUGCUGGAAGAGAAGCUGAGGAUUAUUCAGCCCCAUGUGCAGGCCAGUAACACCUGCUGGGAAGAGGCCCUGUGCCAAGUAGAAAGGAUGGUCCGGAAGCCAACAACAAAGAAAGAUACUGGGAAAUAUUCCUGUGAAAAUUUGAAUUACCCUGUGGUGUCUAAUGUGCCUCCAGCAAUGCGCAUCGAAGACCGAGAUCCUGUACCAGAAGAGCAGAUAUUGGAGGCUUAUGUGGAAGAGGCUGUCACAGAUCAGGAGUUCAAUAGUGAAGAAAUAUACCUGUUUUCUCCAGAAGAAAGAGAGAGACAGAAGCGUGAACGGGAGGAGUCCAGGAGAGUUCUGCAAGAACUAAAGGCUGUAUUAGGACUAAAGGCAUCUGAGGCAGAGAGACAAAAGUGGAAGCAGCUGCUGUUUAGUGAACAUGCUGUAAUAACACCGUUGUUGCCAGAAGAGCCUGUGGGACAUUUUGAACCUCUUCUUUCUAUAUAUCCUGAGGAACCACACAAAAAUCUGGGUUUUUAUGGAGAAAUCCCAAGUGAGAUAAAUGGAACUGAACAUGUUAAAGAUGCACCUAUUCAAGUAGAUCACGGGAAUAUGAAUCAUGAGGAUGAGGCAAAAAUAUGCCCCGUGUCAGAGGAAGUUGAGCCAGCUAGCUGUAAAGAAGAAGAAGAUGAAACUCCUUGCCCAGCCCCUAGAACUGUAUUGCCCCCGGCCAUUAAAGAGAGGCUUGCCCGAAUCCAUCAGUCAUCAGAUCUGAAUUUUACCUCUGGACUAGCAGCUCAAGUGGCUGCACGAUCUCUCACGUUCACUUUCCUGCAGGAGCAGACUUUUGGAGAUGAAUGGGAUGAUGAUGAUGACAAUGAGGAUCACGAUCAUGAUAAAGAGAGAAAUAAUGACAGUUCACAGCUUGAAGGGUAGAUUUCUAUGGUCAGUAGAGAGAAGAGAUGUAAAGUCCACUCGUAUGGCAAAACAACAAGUAAUUGUAGGAUCUCCGUUACACGGGCACAUGAUAAUAUUAUAUUCACUGUGCCUGAAUAGUCUGUAACAUAUUCUGCAGUGUCUCUCUGAACCGACCCACCUCCAGGCACCUAACAGUUAAAUGCACUUGCAGUGUUUACAGAUGCUUGUCAGCAUUACUGACAGCCAGUGCAAUGGGAGUCCCAAAUGGAGCUAGAAGAAGCUAGCACUCUUAAUUACUAAAAUGGCAACGAUCACGGAUAUAUUGUUAUACAGCGCAAGGACAACUGCAUAAAUCACUUCAAUGUUAUUUUAAUAUUUAAUUCUAUUUAUUCAAUUUUUCUUUUCCUUUUAGAAUGUUCAUAUAAUGUCCUUUUCUGUGCUGUCUUGUUUUCUGGCAAGAGACAAACGGACCCUCAUUGGCUAACACAGGUACAGAUGUGGCAUUCAUUAUCCAGAAAGCUCCAAAUUACGGGAAGGCUACCACCCAUAGACAUUAUUUUAAUUAAUUCAAAUGUUUAAAAUUGUUUUCCUUUUACUUUGCAGUGAUAAAACAAAUCCUUGUACUUGAUCCAAACGAAGAUAUAACCAAUUCUUAUUGGAAGCAAAACCAGCCUAUUGGGUUUAUUUCAUGUUUAAAUGAAUUUUAAGUAGACUUAGGGGUUUUUCUAGCAAAGGUCAAGGUUUAGAGGUAUGUGAGGUUGAAUGAACUUACAACUCAAAUAUUUUCUGAUUUAAGAAAAAACUUCAAUAGAAAACUUGAAGUAGUGAAUUUGGGGUAAACAACCCGAAAACAUGAAUUUAUUGGAAUUUUCCAAGGAAAAACUCAAAUUGCUUGAAUUAAUUGAGUUUUAGAGCUAAACCCACCUAAAAAAACCCAAACAUCAUGAAGGCUACUAUCUUCAAAUGGUUAAAGGGACCUCUGCCAUUGGCUUCUAAAUGACCUCGACAGGUUUUAGCCGGAGUAUUUUCAGAUUCAAGCUUUACAAAAACGUGAAUAAUUCAAGUUUUUUUUUUUUUAUAAAACCCCGAAAAAUUUGGUUUUUUUUUAACCCAAAAAUUCUAGUUUUUGACUGAAAACUACUCUCAAAAAACUAAAUUUUUUUGGGAAACACAACUCAACCUUUGAUAAAUAACCCCUUAAUGUAUGGUGAAAUUAUAGAAAGAUCCCUUAUCCAGAAAACCCCAGCUCUCGAGCAUUCUGGAUAAUCGCUCCCAAACCUGUACUAUUUUCUGCCAGUGCAAUUACAAAUAGGAACCAGUAAGCAACUAGUUGUAAGAAGAUGAGUGCAAGGAUUUGUUGCAAUGGGUAACUGCGCUGUUAGUAAAUGAGCCCAUAUGGUUUAGGAAUAUAGACAAAUGUUCACUGCAUAGCACUAUGUGCCACUUUGCUUGUUCCUGUCCAGUACUGGCUAAUGAUGUUGUUCGUUUGUGACUAUAUUUCUUAUACUUAACAAGCCUAGAAUGUAAUUUUUUAAUAAAACCUACAACAUA